GUCGCCGUCCUCGGAGUGAACCGCCAUCGACGACGACGACCGGUGUAGUGCUCGCGAGUGGAUUUGCAAUAAGGAUGCAUCGGUGACGGCACUUCGGGAUUUGCACAGAGUGCGCUCAAAGAUUCAGGGCCCAGCGUGGCAAGGCUGGACCUUCGGCAGAAGUGUGCAGCCAACAUGGCCGACCAGGACGACCAGCAGCAGCUGAUCGGCUUCGACGACAGCCCCGUGGUGCUGCCGGCCGAGUCUAAGAAAGGCGCUGCACCGAGUGAGGCCGAGCGCAUCCUCAACUCUCUGAACGCCGAAAAGAGCCAACUGGCGGCCACCACCAACGGCCACAACGGCGACGCGACUACCACGAACGGGCACGACGAACCAGAGAAGACAGUCAAUGGCCACGCGCCCAAGGCUAACCACAAUGAGGCCGGAGAGCCGGUCUAUACUGAAGUUCCUGAGGACAAUAUCUACGAGGAAGUCAUACCUGUACAGGAGAACAAGCCGGAGGCCUCGCCGACUGUCCAGACUACCACGACAGAGAGCACGGGCGUGCUUUACGACGACUCGUCGCUGUCUAGCGAAGUGUCCGCGGAACUGUCUCCACCUCCGUCCAAUGUCGGUGAUUGCGGCUCCAACGGCACAACCUUAUCUGACCCUGAAUGCGACGCUGCUAUGGCGGAAGCCUCGGCGCCAGAGUCUCAUGCCGACAUCCCUUUUGUAGUCGUCCAAGAGUCUACACCUGUAGACUCGGAACAGUCCAACGAUGAACAAGACAGUGCGUCGGAGGCCAUCACUGAAGUGGCGACGGACGUCGAGCCAGUAGUUGAAAAGAACAACACGCCAACUUCGGAUGAACGGCCAUCCGAUGAACAUUGCUUCAGUGCUCAACCGGCAGUGUUGGCUGCCGGUGGGGAGUCACGGCUGGACGACAUCGAGUCUGAGUUCACGAGAGUCGACGAUGUUCUGUUUGUGGAACCCGAGGAUGCUGCACGUUGUUCCGUUGUCUCCGUGACCGAGACGGAGCAGGAGGCGGCUGUUGAAGAAUGUAGCAGCAACAUUGAAGCGAUGCAUACUGAGGACACUGUUCCCGUCAUUGAAGAAACGACGCCGUCCACGCAGGAGCCAGCCUUUCCUGUCGAGCAUGAACUGGAACACGAUCCUGUAGAGUGUCAAGAUUUUCCUAAGGAGGCAGUGAUGGCUCCCCCUGCCUGUGAGCAAGGGCAGAUAGCCGAACCUCCCCCGUUGACAACUGUGAGACACGAGUCACGUCACUUGAAGCAGAGUGUUGAAGACAGCAUCGUUGCCCGCGAGAUUCGGGCCCAGAAGGAGCGGGAGGAGAUGAUCGCCCAGGAGCGAAAGCUCGCUCAGGAAGCAGCAAGGCUUAGCUCGACAACGCCUGAGAAACCAUCGUGCGACAGGACGCCAGAGACACCCAAACCUGCACGACUCACUGCACCUCAGCUUUCUAUGGCAUCGGCGACCUCACCUCCCAGCUUGGUAUCCAGUCCUGCACCAUUCCCGGCUCCCAUCGAGAAGCGGUUCACGUGUCCGUCGGACUCAAAGAUUGCUGACGAAAUUCGGGAGCUCCAGGAGCGGGAGGAAGAGCUGCGGGAGCUGAGAGAGCGCCUGCACAUUCAGAGCAAUGACCACAAGUGCAGUGAGGUUCCCAACAGCAGCAAUGACGAUGGCAUCGCUGCCAACGGCGUCGUCAGUCCAGUCGCAUCUUUGACUUCCAGCAGCGGCGGCCUGUCUAGGACCGUGAGUGUCGAGUCGCUUCCUCCGAAUGGCUCGACCCUUUUUGGACCACGCAGAAAGGACAAGAUAACGGUGCGGCCACUCUCCGACGGCACCGAAGAUGCAGUGCCAUCCCCGACUUUUGCGUUGGGCGAGUCCCCAAUUGAACGUGAGAUACGGCUAGCACGAGACCGGGAAGAGGCACUGAGAAAGGAGAAGGGGCUUCUGGGACAACUCCAGGCGGAAGGAUUUAUCAAGAAGGGCGAAGCGGCCUCACCCACUCCAGUCAAGGGCGCAAAGGUCCCUGCUACCCUGGUGCUUCGAGGAGGCAGCACGCAAAAGAUCCUGGCCACAUCUCGGAUCCAGCAAGAGAUAGAAGAACAGACACAGCGUGAGAUGGCUCUUCGAGAGUCCGGGCACAUCCAGACCAUCUCCCAGGAGAGGACAGACUCCAAGGUGACCAGGAUAGGAAAUGAGGCUGUCGCGUCACCUUCACCGCCACUCGCAUCUGCUACGAGGAGAGUGGCGCCUUUCGAGUCGUCUCUUCCUAACGUCGAGAUCUUCGAGAAAACUCCAGCCCGAGUUUCUUCCCCAACGACAGUGACCUGCGGUGUCUCGUCGGUUGUGGCCAAGACAGCCAAUGGUCACGUGCAUGCCAAUGGUCACGUUUCAGGAGCAAAGGGGUCGCCCGUCGCCAAUGUUCGCGGGGUGAGCAUGCAAAAAUUCCUUGCUAGUCGUGGCAAGGAGCUCGCCUUCACGAGUCCACCAUCACCUCAAAAUGGCGACAAAUUAGAGUACCGGGAACUGAAGCCUCCACAGCUGCAAAAGGGUGCCGCUGACGCCGUCCGUAAGGGCCUCAUCACGGCCGAGACAAAGAUCCAGGAGGAGAUGCGUGCCAUGAAGGAGCGCGAGGAGGAGCUCAGGCGUCAACGCCUUCGGCUGCUAGGCCAGCCCAACCUGGGCCUGUUCGAGGGAGGCGCAUUAGUCGAUGCGGAUCACGUCACUGAUGCCGGAGAGGCACCUACCCUGCAACGCGUUGGUAAUGAUGCAAGCCUUCUGGAACAGACCAGUGGCUCACCAGAGGCUGCCAGUCAGGCGUCCAACAGUGUCCCACGACGCCGCAUUGCCUCAUCGCACAAUGGGAGCAAAGGAUCCAGAGCACCGACCGUCGCCAGUCGUAAAAAGGAUGUUGUCAUUACUUCAUGUGAUUCACGCAUAUGA